AUGGCCAGCAGAGCCCAGAGGCAGCUGGGCUAUUACAUGGAGCUACUGAAGAAGGAGGAGCUGAAGGAGUUCCAGCUUCGUCUGUCCAGUGAAUCACCUUUCGGGGGCCCUUCCAGCACAGCGGCAGUUCCACCAGAGAUGAGUGGUAUGGAGGUGGCCUCACACCUGGUGGCUCAGUAUGGGCAGCAGCAGGCCUGGGACCUGGCCCUGCGCACCUGGGGGCAGAUGGGCCUGAGCUCGCUCUGUGCCCAGGCCCAGGCAGAGGUGGCCUUGUUGUCAGAAAACCCUUACCCGCUCCUCUGCCACGCUCCUCCAAGCUCCCCAGUCCGUGAGUCUCCAAGCCAGGAUUCACCCAACGCCACUAUAUCCACACCAGCGCUGGGGGGUGGAAAAUCCCUACCUCAGCCCAGUCCAGAGCCCAGAAAGCAGGAGGCUCCUGGGACCAAGUGUCCUCUGGCUGAAACAUCUGAAAAGUGCAGCACAGAAACAAGAGGAAGAUACCAGAACCAAAGGAGAGAGACCCCAGGUUCCACACACUCCCAGAAAAAUGAGGAUUUGCACAAAAAAUUCACACAGCUGCUACUUUUACGAAGACCUCACCACAGAGGCCAUGAGUCCCAGUUCAGGUGGAAGAGACAAGUCCCUGUGGUGGAGAAUCAAGGACGUUUGAUUGAAAUCGGAGACUUAUUUGGACCAGGCCUGGGAGCCCAAGAAGAACCCCGCACAGUCAUACUGCAUGGAGCCGCUGGAAUUGGGAAGUCAACACUGGCCAGGCAGGUGCAGAGAGGCUGGGAGGAAGGCCGGCUGUUCCGGGACCGCUUCCAGAACGUCUUCUACUUCAGCUGCAGAGAGCUGGCCUAG